AUGGGCUACAACACUUGGAAUGCGUUCCAUUGCGAGAUAAACGAAACGGUUGUCGCAGCAGCCGCUGUACGGAUGAAGACUCUUGGUCUUACCGAUUUUGGAUAUGAAUUCGUCAAUAUCGACGAUUGCUACUCAGAGAAGCAGCGGAACAAAGAUGGGGACAUAGUUGCUGACCCUGUUCGGUUUCCUUCAGGCAUGAGGAAUCUAACAGAUUUUAUCCGCACUCUCGGACUGAAAUCCGGCAUAUACAGCGAUGCUGGGUGGUACACCUGUGCAGGCUACCCCGGUUCUUUCCAGAACGAAAGAAGGGAUAUCAAACUCUUUCAAGACUGGGGCUUCGAGUUUCUCAAAUAUGACAACUGCGCAGUUCCUUUCGACGAAAUUGUGCGGGAGGGUAUUGUGGGAAAAUACGGCCGCAUGGCUCAAGCUAUUAAGGAUCUUGCCCAGGAAACAGGAAAGGCGCCCGUCAUUUUCUCGCUUUGUGAAUGGGGAAAGGCGCAACCAUGGCUCUGGGCAAGGGAUAUGGGGCAGAGCUGGCGCACAACAGGCGACAUUGAACCUCGGUGGGAUUCCAUCGCCAGCAUCAUAAAUCGGAACUCCUUCAUAUCAUGGGCGUCCGAUUUCUACGGACACAAUGACAUGGAUAUGACAUAUCCGCCCACUGAAAUGCUCACUCCUCUUCCUAGCGGGAAUGGAAACCUCACAUACGAAGAAUCGAAGUCUCACUUCACGGCAUGGGCUUUGAUGAAGUCGCCCCUCCUCAUUGGAACUGAUCUUAAUGCCGUCACAAAAAAGAGCGUCGAGAUUCUGACGAAUAAGGAGAUCAUAGCAAUUAAUCAAGACAAGGUCGUGGGCACCGCGAUAACACCCUUCAGAUGGGGCGUUAACCCAGAUUGGACAUUCGAUGGCCGGUAUCCCGCCCAAUAUUGGAGCGGAACGACGGAGAAUGGGACGGUGUUUAUGCUGCUCAACGUGCUUGAUGAACCCGCUGAUAUGUUCUUUACACUAACUGAAUCACCUUGGAUCCGGGCGGGCAGGCAAUACGCUAUGAGAGAUCUUUGGACGCAUACAGACAAUGGUACGGCGGUACGUAACGUCACUAUCCAUGGCGUUCCAGCCCAUGGCGUUGUGGCUCUUCUCUUGAGGGACGCGGGUGAUGAGCCGGAGGGAACGCAGCCACCUUGCGCACAACCCGAUUGGUGUAUGGACAAGAAUGGUACCUUGAUUGAACGAGAACUCUGA